AUGCAAAUUAAGUUUCCUUUUCUAUAUGUGAUUAUAUACAUUUUGUUAAUAAUAAUAAAAUUAAAUCAUGGUAAUUCAAAAUUAAAUUACAAUAAAACAUAUACUCAUGGAAGAGUAUAUAACAAUUUAGUACAUACCGUAAAUCAAUAUAAUAAAAAAAGAAGCAAAAAGGAAAUAGAAAAUAAAUACAUACGUAAUAAGAAUAUUAUACUACCGUCUAGUAAUACUGAAGGAAGAAAUAUAUAUAUAUCAUAUCUUAAUAAACAAUAUAAUAAUAAUAAUAAUAAUAAUAAUAAUUGUUAUUAUAAGAAUAAUACAAAAAAGCGUUAUAUUAAAAAAAAAAAUUAUAAAAAUUUUUAUUAUUACAUUUAUUGCUUUAACACAAGUACCAAUUCAACGUUUUUACAAAAAAAAAUUAAUAUACAGAAUUAUAUAUAUAAAAAGAUAUUAAAAUGUAGCAAUAUGUCAAUAUUAUCAGAAAAAAGUAUAGAAAAUGUUAUAUCUCCUUGUGAGAAAAAAUAUAAAUUAGAAGACAUCAUAUCAAACGGAAUAAAUUAUGAUUAUAGAAAGAUAAAUGAAAAAAGUACAACACCUUUUAUACAAGUAGCACCAAUGAUAAAUGUAACGAAUAGACAUUUUCGAGCUAUGGUACGUAUUAUUACGAAAAGAGCACAAUUGUGGACUGAAAUGAUUGUAGAUAAUACAUUGUUAUAUAAUUUAAAUAAUUUAGAAGAACAUCUAGGUUUUGAUAAUAAUGAACAUCCCAUCGUUUGUCAACUAGGUGGUUGUGAUAUGAACUCCAUGUCAGAAGCUGCCAUUUUAGUAGAACAAGCUGGUUAUGAUGAAAUAAAUAUUAAUGUUGGAUGUCCAAGUACUAAAGUAGCUAAUAAAGGUGCUUUUGGUGCUUCUUUAAUGAAAAAUCCUGAACAAGUCAGAAAUAUUGUAUAUGAAAUUAAGAAAAAAGUACAAAUACCUGUAACUGUGAAAAUUAGGACAGGAGUAGAUAAUUAUGAUUCCUUUGAUUUCUUAAAAACAUUUAUUGAAACAGUUUCUUCAGUUGGCUGUAAUCAUUUUAUUGUGCAUGCAAGGAAAGCUUGGUUAAAAGGAUUGGAUCCAAAACAAAACAGAAAAAUACCACCAUUAGAAUAUUAUAAAGUAUAUGAUUUAUGUAAAUUAUAUCCUCAUUUAAAAUUUACAUUAAAUGGAGGUAUACAAACAAUACAAGAAGCAAUUGCUUUAUUAAAUGGUUAUAUGCCAGAAAAUUAUAAUAAUAAUAAUAAUAAUAAUAAUGAUACAUCAAAUUUUAUACAAAUUGAUAACUAUAAUAUCAAUCCAUUAAAUGGUAUUAUGAUAGGAAGAGCAUGUAUGGAAAAUAUUACUGUAUUAUCACAAACUGAUAAAUUAGUUUAUAAUCAAGAUAUUCCAUCCACAGCUUAUAGCAGAAGAACAAUAUUAGAAGCAUAUAAAAAGUAUUUAGAAAAAAAUUCCUUAUUUUAUAAUUUAUCUAGCUCCUUUGAAUUAUUGAAACCUGUACUAGGAAUAUUAAAAGGAAUGCCCGGUCAUAGAAUUUUUAGAAAUAAACUUGAUACAUAUAUAAGAAAUUAUACAUCCACACUCCCAUGUUCAGAAAUAUUAGAAAAAGCUAUAGCUGAUGUUGAUCAUAUUGCACCCGGAUGUUUGGACCUUCCUUUACACGAUUACAAUUUACAAAAGGAAUACAUUAAAAAUUAUUAA